AAUAAUUUUACCAAAUUUUUGGGCUUAAAAUCCUAAAUAAAAUGUCAGAAAACGUCGCAGCUGUGCCUGCUCGCCGUGAAAUAACCGGCUUGAAUCGCAUGACCGAAAAGGGGCUGAAGGAGCUGUGUAAGAAGGAUAAGCUAUAUCAGACUCCGCGCCUAAACGAUGUACUCUACCUGCACUAUCAGGGCUUCCAGAGUAUUGAGUGCCUGGAGGAGUACACUGGGCUCAAGUGCCUGUGGCUAGAGUGUAAUGCCAUCUCCGAGAUCCAGGGCUUGGAACAACUGACCAAGCUGAAGUGCCUCUUUCUCCAGAACAAUCUGAUCGCGAAAAUAGAUAAUCUGGGCUCGUGCCGCGAGCUGGACACCUUGAAUCUGAGCUCGAAUCAUAUUCGCAAAAUUCAGAACAUCGGCAGCGACAUUUUGCCAGUGUUAAACACUCUGAACAUAGCAUCAAACUACCUGAAAGACAGUGAGAGUCUGGCGGACCUCGUCCAGUGCAAGACAUUAUCUGUGCUGGACUUGUCGAACAAUCGCAUUGACGAUAUUCUGAUUGUGAAAAUUUUCGAGCAGAUGCCCAAUCUGAGGGUUCUGGUCCUGCAGGGAAACCCGGUGGUCUCCCGACUGCCACAAUAUCGCAAGACAUUGAUUCUGGCCUGCAAAGAACUUACUUAUUUGGACAGUCGUCCUGUUUUUCCUCGAGAUCGCGCCUGUGCCGAAGCCUGGAAGCGAGAGGGCUAUGAGGGCGAGCGAAAGGAGAACAACCGCUGGAACCGUGCUGAACGUCGCAAAACACGUGAAAGCGUAAACUGCACCAUUCGCAUGCGCAACAAGCAUCGUCCUCCUGACCAGCAGGAUCCACUUCUCAGGUCCAGCGACUCUGAGGAAGACGAAAAAGCUGCUGCCAUUUCUGCUGAGAAGAGCCGCAAGAAAGCCGAAAUGCAGAACGGUAAUAUCGAUGAUUUGUGGGACGAGGUCUCCGGUGAGCAGGCAGAGCAGUCCGAGCACAGUGCCACCAGCUCGAGUUCGGCCGAGGACAACGAGAGCACUGGCUCCCAGGCCGAUGAAAUGGCUGAGAAAUUGAGUAAUCGCAAAAGCACACCUCUUGAGGGUCGUCCUAAAGUCCUGUACGAAGCCGAGUCAGGCGACGUGGAGAGCAUCGAGAAGCUGGUCCAGCAGGCAAAGGAGUGUAAUGCAGAAGCUAAAGAUAAGGAACCUAACGACGUAGAACAGACAGACAAGCCCAAGGCAAAGCGUAUCCUGAUUGAGGAGGGAAGGCUUGACGAAGUAAAUGAUACAAAUACUGAAAAGGAACCUUCCAAUUUGGCUAAAGAUUUCGUAGAGCCUAAUGGUAAAGAUUCUAACCAGCAAAAGACCUUUAACAACAAUGAAGACUCCGUUCCCCCAUUGGACAGUGGAUCCGAACUGGAUGAUUCCGAAGAUCUUGAACAUACGCGCAAAGCUCUCAAAAUAGUAGCUGAUAAUAAUGAGCUGGGCGAGGAUCCAACGGCACAGGAGAUUAAAAACAAGCUGGCUAGUGAGCUUUAUGACAGUUUCGGAGAUGCCCUCGAUGACGACCUUAGUGACGAGCCUUUGGAGCAGCUCCUCAAUGAAGGCACUACCAAAUACCAGUUAGAAGACAGGAUUUGCUGUGAGGAGAGCACGACUCCUAGGGACUUCUAUAAGGAAGACGGUGAACCAUGCCUUCCGCUCAAGAGCAAGGAGCAAUUGAUGUUUGAGGAAGAGAGUGCCUUUAACACUGAAAAGUGUGCUCACGACUUGGAAGAAAUAAGUUGCCACGUGGAUGAGGAUCUGGAAGAACUUAGGCAGUCUGUGAACAUUUCCGGAUCAAAGAAUGAUCUAAGUGACCAAACAGACACCGAGACCGACGAGGAGUCCCUGAAGCCCUACUUGGAAGCAAAGUCGCCCAUUCUCAUGGAGCAAUUUAGUGAAAGGCGAAGGCAACUAAAGGAGAGGGAAGAGGCAAAAGUUAGAGGAGAAGUCCAGGCGGAGACUACUGAACCAAACCAGGCUGAUGACGAUGAAAGUAGAGAUCAAUUCAUGGCCAAGAUUUUGGACGAGGCUACCGAUAAUGUUCCCAAGCGCGUGUUUGGUGCUGGAUGCGAUGUCCCAAGUCAGGACUGGUCCUUAGAAGAACGCAUGCUUCAGUUGACUUUGGAGGAGUCGAAGGAUGAAUCUGCUGCAGCAGUGAAUGCGCUCCGACAACCAAUAACAAGCAUGACCAGUGCCGAGCAGGCCGAGGAAAUCUGCCAACAGAUGGACAAGCAAAUGGCUGCAGAAGAAAAGGAGCUUCGGAAGUUGCUGCAGGACUUGGAGGACGAGACUGAUGCUAUGUACAACAUUGAUACUACGAUUGAAUACGAAGAGGAAAUAACCAUUCAGGAGCAUAUCACCGUACAGGAGGAAAUCACCAUACAAAGAGUUGACGUUGCGGGUAUCUGUUCCUCGCUGCUAAACGACUUAAUUGAUGAGCUGACAUCCAACGAGAGUCUGGAGGAAAAAAAACCAAAGAGGUUUGAGUUCGGGCCCAUAGAGUCUGACGAUGAGUACAGCUACUCAGCGGAGCCGCAGCUAGAAAAGUUGGUACCGCCCGAGCUAGAGGAUCCCGCUGGCGGUAAAAGCCUUCGAGAAUGCCUGGACGUGUUCCAGGACUUCGUUACCUCGAUUGAGAAUCCGAAAGAACCAUUUAGGCUGGGUCGUGAUCCUAGCGCGUGCGCUCAUAAAAUUCGUGCCGCUCAAGAGCUUUUAAAGUCCAAGAACUUGGCGGAGUUUAACUCGGACACUGCCGAGAGCCUGGACGCCAAGAUAGCCAAGGAGGCCGAGAAACGCAAGCGAAUGGUGGCAGCCUCCGCUGCCCGCUGCUUCGCCCAGCGCGAUAAAUAUGAAGACACACUGGAGGUGGUGGACAACAAGCUGAUGGUGGUCAAGAAGGAUUCCGGUGAGCUGGAAGACCUUCCGCCCCCACCAGCCCUGAUUAGUGACUCUGAGUCUGAAGACUACGACACGGCCGAGGAGGAAGAGUAUACACCUGGAAAGCAAGGUCUGCGACGACCUUGGACCACUCCAUACAAGCCAAAGCCCAGGAAGUCGGAGGAGCAUCUGGUGACGGAUGCCUUGCAGCGAGCCCAGUUGGAGACGCUCAAUAAGAUGGAAGCGGAGGGCCCAGAAGGUGAACAGGUGGAAGAUGAAUUCUAUUCGCUAGAAGCCAUGACAACGUUCGGUAACCUGGACACAGAGUUCUUCCAGAAGUUGGACCUCCAAAGUGUUCCAAACGAGGAAGCGGAAAGUGCCAUCGCCUGCAUGCGGAGCUACAACGAGCUGAAGGCAUGUAUGAAGUCCGGAUCGCAACAGCUACAGCUGACCAGUGAGGAAACCAAGAUGCUUGAGACGAUGUUGACCAAGAAGGAAGCCGAAGCGAAGCCCAAAGAUCCCAAAGUGAAUGAGGAGGAUGAGCUCCUAAACAAAAUGAUGAUUCGCAUGAAGGAGAUCGAGGAGAGGGAGCGUCAGCUUCAGGCGGUACCGGUAGCCGCGCCCAAAGAGCAAAGUCCCAUUAAGCUCUCAGUUGGUGGAUUCAAGCUUUUUGAACAACAGAGCAGCAUAGCCAUGGCAGAAACAGACGACUCGGAAGACGAAACGGAGAAAAAAGAAGAGGAAUCUAUCGCAAAUGAGCCGGUCACAAUUCCCCAGGACAAAGUUAUAAGUGACCCAGAAAAGCAGCAGAAAUCAGGCUCUCCUCCUAGUGUCAAACACAACCGCAGUAUCGACGACGAUAUUCAAUCAGAUGCCUCCACGGACUACGAAUCUGGCGAAGAGGUAGCUGUGGUGGAGCCACCGAAUCUUCCCGAGUCAGUGCUAAAAACGUUCUUCCCUGAAGGUUUUGAGGCGGACUUGAGAAUGGCUAACGAGCUAGAAGAAGCCACCCGUCGAAACCUUUGCAGUCUGCCUCUGAAAAAGGAACCGGGCAAAGGGCCCAAGAAUAUAGACAUAAAGUGUAGUUUAGAUUCAACGGAAAGUCAAACUGCUGAAUUAACUGAACUCCCUUCAUCCUCAACCAAUAACAUGACCAAUUUAAAGGAAAGCAAGACUGACUUAGUGGAAACUAAGCCCGGCACUGAUUCAGCCAUAUCCGAACUGGCCGUCAAUGCCAAGGCCAAGUGGGCAAAAAUAGCCAACAGACUGAACGAGUUCCUCGAUCCCGAUACCAUUGCAAAGCUAAAUAGCCAAGAGUUUGGUGAAAGCGAUGAUGAAGAUGACGAUCUUGAAAUGGAGUUUGCAAGCCCCCUGGAUGUUAUCAGCGAGGAAACUCGGGUUCAGCAACACCCUGGAAUAGUUGAAAAUAUAAUUGUUCCCGACAAACACAUCUUGGAUGAUAACAUUGGCGAUGGAAUCUCGUCCCAGUUCAACCCUAAGAUGGAGAACGAAGCCGAUCAAAGGAAUGAAUGUGAUCCGGGACAAGAAGCAAAGUCACCUAGUGAUGAUCAACAAACAGCGCAAACUUCUUCAGCAACAAAACCCCUUUUGAUUGAUUACUUUGAAGCUCCUGAGCCAACGGAAUCCGAGUCUGGAGCCUCGAUUAUCCACUCAGAUGUCCUCAAGACCGAACAAAUCGAAUGCAACCUGGAGAUCCUGAGCGAAGACGGAGACGUGGUGGUCAAAGAAGUCAGUGUUAGUGCUCAGGUGUCCUUUGAGUCGGAUCAUGUUUGAGAUGCGUUUGUCCAUAGUUGGAACUUUUAAAAAUUUCUAUUGUUUUUUUUCACUUUCUGUAAGUAAAUAAACCGAUGAGCAUUCC